AGAUCCAACCAACCCUAUUCACAUUUAUGACCAAUGCCCGUCUUCCUUAUCUUGCUUACACUACUUUUCUCUCUAUGUCUUGUACUUUGGUUUUUGUUUCUCUAUCAUCGAUAAAACUAAAACCUCAAUAGUACUUUGAAUUAUUGUAAGUGGAGAACUGUGUACUAGUGACUACAACAACAACCCAAAGUUAAAUUCAUAAGUUUGAAAUAUUAUUAUUAUAAUAAUCCAUCAAAAACAGCUUUUUUGUUUGUUGAGUUUCUUCUCUCACUGUUACGGUCUUUGUUGUACAUAGAAUGUCGUGUCGUAGAGUGUUGGGUUUUGUUCCUUGCCUUGUACACCGUGUGUCGCACCUUCAUCAUACAUGAUACAUGCGCGUAUCUAUCACCAUUCAUACCAAACUCUUUCUUCUUCCGAUCCUUUAUCUCAUCGCAUCACUGCCACUCUCCUCCUUUUCCAUUUCUAUCAUUUGAACAGGAAUAAACACAUUCUGAAGAAAAAAUGGGAAUGGGAACUAGCACUUUUGUUACUCGGUGGAUCAACUUUCUCACCAUGGUUUUGGCAAUGGUUGUGAUAAUAUUUGGGCUGUGGAUGAGCACUCGUCAUGAUGAUGCUUGCAGAAAAUCUCUCACUAUACCUGUGCUAAGCAUUGGAGCUGUUAUUUUCUUAAUAUCCGUAGUUGGUUUUUUGGGUGCCAAGAAAAGAAGCGCCAUAUUGUUAUGGGUUUAUCUCAUCAUGCUGUUCUUCAUCUUGGUGGGAAUCUUGGUCUUCACAGUGUUGGUAUUCAUUGUGACUAAUAAUGGAUCUGGUCAUAGCGUGACUGGUUUGAGGUACAAGGAAUAUCACCUUCAAGAUUAUAGCUCUUGGUUUCUCAAAGAGUUAAACAAUUCUCGUAAUUGGAAGCGACUGAGGGUUUGUCUGGUAAAAACUGAAAACUGCAACAACCUAUCCAAAAAAUAUAAGACUCUCAAACAAUAUAAGUUAGCUAAAUUGAGUCCGAUUGAAUCUGGCUGCUGCCGACCGCCUUCUGAGUGUGGAUAUCCUGCUGUAAACGCAUCCUACUAUGACUUGAGCUUUCAUCCAGUUAGUCCUAUCCAUGACUGCAAGCGAUACAAAAAUUCUCGAGCUGUCAAAUGCUAUGAUUGCGAUUCUUGCAAGGCCGGCGUGGCACAAUACAUGAAAAUCGAGUGGAGAGUUGUUGCAAUAUUCAAUGUCGUAUUAUUUGCUGUUUUGUCUAUCAUAUACUUUGUGGGAUGUUGUGCGAGACGAAGUGCUGCUAGGAGCCAAUCUAAGCAUUGAAGAGGAAUCUAUAUAUGCAUGCAAACCAUGAACUGCUUUUGAAAUUUGUCGGUGAAAAAAACAGAGAUCGGUGUCUGCAGCUAAAGAUGAACAUGCGGAAUUCAUGUUAGUUUUAGUUUAGGAUCCCUUGGUGUGAUUAUUUGUAUAUUUUUUGUGACCACCAGAUCUUACUUGAAUGGUUACUAUUAUUGUUGAUUAUUGAUUUA